CAUUCUCAUCUUCAAACAGAGAAGCUCAAACACACAAGGAGAGAUGAAUUCUCAAGUAUCUUUCGCGAUAGUCGUCGUCGUUCUGAUCUUCACUGCCACAACAGAUGCAAGAACAGACCCAGGGGAGUACUGGGUGAGCAUCAUGAAAGAAGAGCCCAUGCCUGAAGCAAUUGAAGGGCUCCUCCACGUGAUCAACCCUGCAGCAGAUCAGCCGCAUCUCACGUCUCUCCCCAGGAAGAAGGAGGCCGACUGCCACGGAGACAACAAGGUAGAGGACCACAAACGAAACGCUGGUGAUUUCAAGCCCGAUGUCACAGCGUAUGGGAAUGAUGCUAUGCUCAAAGAGGAGAAGUUCACGGAGAAUUUCGAGCCGAGGCCCGACGUGUCAGCAUAUGGGAAUGAUGCUAAGCUCAAAGAGAAGAAGUUCACAGGUGAUUUCGAACCGAGGCCCGACGUGUCAGCAUAUGGGAAUGAUGCUAAGCUCAAAAAGAAGUUCACAGGUGACUUCGAACCGAGGCCCGACGUCUCAGCAUAUGGGAAUGAUGCUCAGCCCAAAGUGAAGAAGUUCACAGAGGAUUUCGAGCCAAGGCCCGACAUCACAUCGUAUGGGAAUGAUGCUAAGCCCAAAGAGAAGAAGUUCGCGGGUGAUUUCGAGCCGAGACCCGAUGUCUCAGCUUACGGGGAUGAAACAAGGCUCAAGGAGCAGAAGUUUGCGGAAGACUUCGAGCCGAGACCCAACGUGUCGUCUUAUGGUCAGGACUGAUGGUGAAGAGAGACAACAACGAGGUUGUUUCGGCGGCUUUAUGUGAUGUAUUAAUAUUUCUGUGCAGUAAUGUGAAUGUGUGUGUCGAACAAAGCUGUCGAUUCCGACAUACGGCGAUGGCGGCGGUCACAUAUAGUGUGGCGUGUUCCGGUUGUGUCUCUUUCAUCUUCUUGCAAAUUCUCAUGGCCUGAGCUAUUGCGCAAGUUGAGUUAUAUGGUGAAAAUAAUACGUGGUUUU